AUGUCGUACGGCCCUCGCUCGAGCUCGCGCACGACGCUCUAUGUCACGGGCUUUCCGCCGGACAUGGAGGCAUGGGAUCUUGCCUACGAUUUUGAAAAGAUCGGCCCGCUAGUCCGAUGCGACAUCCCACCGCAGAAAACGCCACAUUCGAAGCUCUAUGCCUUUGUCGAGUAUGACGACCCACGCGAUGCCGAGGACGCCUACCAUGACCUUCAUGGGAUGCCGAUCGGGCGGUACAGACUCCACGUGGACUUUGCCAAGCUAUCAAGCAAGCCAAGGCAUCAAGGCCCGCCGCCACCCAGGUCUGCGUCGCCGCAGCGACGUCGCCGCGACUAUGAUGACAGGGAGCGUGCGCCGCCGCCGCGCCGCGCAGACGAAACUCGUCCGGGAUACGACGACGCACGGGACUCAGGCCCGCCCCCCAGGUCGCCGGGUAGCGCCCGAGACUACCGCGAACCGCGGGAUUGGUCGCCUCCACGCAAGCGCGAUGAUGAUGAAGCGUAG